AUGCGUGGAGUUGGUGUCGUGGCUUUUUUGAGCCCUAUUUUUUGCUCUGGACUGCAUGCGGAGGGAAUCUCCUUUUUUCAUACCCUCUUCCUUUUUAUUAUUUUCCCUCCCUCUCUCUCUCCUAUGUUAGAUUGCUUUGUGUGUGUGUGUGUGUGUGUGUUUUGUUGGAGUGAAUUAAGCGGAGGUGGCCGCGGGUUAGGGAGGAAAGAGAAGGUAGAAAAAGAGGUAAGCCGAAUUUGGAAAAUACACACAAAAAAAAAAACCAAAAAAAAAAAAGAAGAAUUGACCGAAAAGGAAUGCCCAAUGUUUGAUGCUGUUGUGCUCGAGUACGACAGAAGUGCGGGGGAGGCCGUUGUGGAAACAACAGAUGCCGCCUCCAGACGGUAUCGUGUGCCCAUGUCAUCAUUGUCAUGGUCGUUCCGAAGCAAAGUAGUCACGAGCGACGCCGCUGUUGGGGAAGGUAAGCAAGAGCCACCGAGUGAUAAAAUGAAGAAACGAAGGAUGAAUUAUCUUGACAACCUUUUCCACUCCACACCGGUGGGUCGAUGCGUUACUAUCGGUCCCGUUGAAGAGAUGAACACCGGAUCAGGUGAAGAUAAUAGAAGCUCUGCGCUGCCCUUGGCACGUCUUGUGCACCUCCAUGAGGCUGGAUCCCUAACUUCUAGAAGCAUGUUGCCAGGCACCAUCACACGAGUGUCGGGACGUUUUGUGUUUAUUUUUUGUUCCUUUCUUCCCUAUGAAGCGGUGGCAACACGUGAUAUGUUUUCGAUGGGGGGGUUUUUUCUCGAUACCACAUCGGCACCGAAUACAUUAUUGAAGGAUUGGGAAGAGACACCACGUCCUGUGAACGACGAAGACGAGUGGGUGGGACGCUCCGUACACUUCGCCCUGCACCCCAUGAGUUUUCUCGUGAUGGAGGCCUUUUUCACGCGCAACGAGGGAAUACAGGAGCGGAGGGGGGCACCAAAGACACUUGCCGCCUGCAGGAAAAACAAUAACAAUAGAUGGUCUCAUCCAACGCGUGAUCAGCGUAGGGAUGUGAACGACUUGGCAUCCGUACAGCAUGAAGCGGCAGAUGAGCUCAAUGAUGGUCGUUUGGGCGCAUGGAAAUUUACUGGAGUGAAUCCCUGUAGGUUCUUUCACCCCGAGUUGUCGGUGCAGUUUGUGCAUGGUUCCUCCUCGCUACCGUGGAACGCUAUGCCUCCAAUGAUGCACCAAAAAUCAGUGUUCACACUGAAGUUGUUCUCUUUUUGGAUGCUGCCAGGCACACGGAUAUCGCUGCGCGCACUGGAUGAGGAUCGUUCUGAUGUAACAGAUCGUGUAUUGUGUGUUGAGCAGGAAGAGUUGGGGGGAAUGACCGCCGUUACGCUUGAUCAUCUGGAGAGCCGAGAGGUCGUUUUGUUUAAGUGCCGAAUAAAGUCUUUUAAGAUGCAGGAUGUGGUGUGUGAGAUUACACUUCUUUUUUGCAUGGAACACAUGGGCUAUGAAACGCAGCUGGAGUCCAGGCCGAUACUUAUACGACAAGGUCUUAAGGGUCGCGCGGUGGUAGAACUUAUGGGCAGAAGUCAACCGUGUUCAAAGAAGGACAAUCUCUCACGCAAGUUCUGGACUUCAGAUGUAUUGGGUCCCGAGGACAAAAUUACUACUGGGUUCACAGACCCUGGGCGCAGCAAUCAGUUACUCACGGAGGAUCGUUACGAGGAAUUACCGAUGGUUCAGCGGGAGAUCAUUGUGGUGGACCCCGAGCACGCACGAUUGCAAAUGUUUGCCGCGUUGGCAAGACGUGUAGUCAAGGGUAUUGUCGACACGGUUGUAUGUGCUCAGGUGCUGGCGUGGUUGGUGGCCAGUGCGUAUGGCGGGGAGAGCGGUGGAAUCAAUGCGGAGGAUGAAAUUGUCUCCUUGCGGCUUCGAAGCGGUUUGAGUAAACGACGCCGUGGAAGGCCCAAGUCGAAGGAAGGGGCUAACGUUGUGCGUCUGGGGGAUGUUCGCAGCGGUGUUUGUAGGCACCGGGUGUUGCUCUUUAAAUAUCUCUGUGACGUGGUAAAGCUUCCGUGUUACCUAGUGCGGGGUGAACACCAAGGGCCAGAUGACGCCAUCGCAGAGCGUCACUCGUGGAAUAUUGUCCCACUUGAAGGAAACCGAAACCUGCUUGUCGAUACAACACUGAGUCCGCACAAGGUAGAGAUGUGGCCAGCCCCUGCCUACAGGUGUGUCCCAGUGAAACUGAGCUCCAAUUGGUCCGAUUGCCAUUGCUUGCUUUCUAACCGCUCCGCUUCAAAUAUACAUCUUUUGGAGGAAUGUGGCCGGGGUGUCACAGCUGUGGUACGGCGUGGGGUGUUGGCUGGAGGUCUUACAUGUGCGGUGAAGGUCCCGCGAACAAACACCGACCUUGGGAGCCUUGUGCACGAGUACGAGGUCUUGAGAAAUUUUUGUGUUUCCUCGCACGUGGUGCGGUGCCUGGGAUGGAGCGGGGGAAUUGUGAUGGAAUAUUUUCCUUCCAAUCUGUUGAGCUUUAUGAAUCAUCUCAUUAUUUGUGGGAAUCGCAUGAGCCUUUCGCAACAAAAAGAAGUUCUUAUCGGUCUUCUCUUGGCAUUAAAAGAGGUACACGAUUGUGGCUAUGUGCACAGAGACAUUAAAGCUGAAAAUGUACUUUUGGUGGUCAUUCGCUGCAACACAUGUCACUCAGUUGGAACCGUUUGCCAUUUGUGUGACGUUCGAGUGAAGUUGGGGGACUUUGCCGACAGUGUCGCCGUGGACCCGACCACGCAUAUGCACAAGGCAUCUCCGCGUGUUGGCACACCGCCGUACACGGCGCCCGAAAUUGAUUCAGAGGCCUCAUUUUCCUUCGCGGCAGAUAUUUGGUCUUGCGGAAUACUUGCAAUUGAAAUGGCAUCGAUGCAGCUGCCUGAAACCGGCGUGCAGGAGGGCUGCGUAAAGGAAAGUUAUGAAAGGAGCAUGGAUCGCAGAAAUAAUGAAGAAGAAGUUAACUACCAAGAAGAUGGCGAUGAGGCGGGGAAUGUGGUGUCCGCUGUUGUGGAUGACGGAGUCUUGGUGGGGCCUGUUCGUUUACCCCGUUUGCCGCGGAACCCACCGCCUCCAAGGUGGCAACAGAAGUUUGUUGACGGAGCGCUGCAGGUAAACUGGAAGCGGCGGUGUCGUACCGGGGAGCUGUUAAACAUACUAGGCGGAGCGUCAUGCUGA